AUGACAAGUGAUGUCAUAGUCCAGGUGAAAAGAGGCGGAGUCAGGAAGACCGUCAGAGGAGUCCUGAAGAGGUCUUCAGGACGCUCUGAGCUUGGCAGGUGGAGGAAGGUCAGAGGUCACCUGGUGGAGGCGGGCAGCAGCCUGGCGGCCUUCGUCUCCGGGCUGCUGCUGGCGUCGGUCUUCGGGGGCGUCGCCCUCUUCCUGCAGAAACAGCCUCCGUGGUCGUGCGCCUGCACCACGCUGGCCGUGGCCGUGCCGGCGGCGUUCGGCAUGGGGCUGUCGGCCGGCGUCCGGGCCGACGUGUCCGUGCUGCUGCCGACCAUGUGCUCAGCCAAGGGGAAGCACUUCCUGCUCUUCCUGUUCGUGUCCGUGCUGCUCGCCGGUCCUCUGGACAACACGCUGGAGAACACGGAGCGGGCCGCCGCCAGCUUGAUGUGCGGCGCCGAGCUGGCAGCCAAUCAGACGCAGGAGCUGAUGCAAAGGGCAGCCACACCCCUUUUAUCGGCGCUCAGCAGCAUCAGAGAGAUCAGCAGCAACGCUCACGCCGCAGCGGGCCGCGUGCAGCGCUUCAUCGGCGCGCUGACGGACAGCGUGCGCCACGUCGCUCGCACGCUGAGGAACGUGCUCCACUUCCUGGUGGACAUCGGCGACAUGUGCAACGCCACGCUGGGCUCCCCGUACAGGAAGUGCCGGGCGCUGUUCGCCGAGGCGCGAGCCGACUGCUCCGACCUGCUCGGGGAGUUUGACUUCCUGUGUGACAUCGUGGACGGCUUCCUGCCGCUGUGCAGCAUCGCCCGCGCCGGCGAGCUCUUCUGCUCCAUCCCCGCCUUCAUCGCCGGACACCUGAAGCGGCGCCUGGCGGCUCCCGCCGUGGCCGUGUUUGAACGAAUGAAGCGGGAGUUUGACUUCAACCUGUCGGCCACGGCGACCUUUGACCUGGACGCCAACAGCAGCCGCUCGCUGCAGCAGGCGGCCCAGGACAUCAUGGAGGAGGUUUCAUCAGAGCUGCACGCGGUCCAGGAGCUGAGGGCGCCGCUGGCGUACGGCGGCCUGGCGCUGCUGGCCUGGGCCUUCCUGAGGGCAGUGAGGUACAGGUACAGGUAUCUCCGUGAGCUCGACUUUGAUAACGUCUACAUCAGCGCUCAGUUCAAAGAGCUCAACCAACAGGUGACCUCAGGGGGCGGGGCUUCAGUCCUGCCAAUCACACGCAGGGAGGCCAAGACCUACAUCACACCAUUGUCGUGUCAGCUGACGUCAGGUGAGCGGCGUGCGGUGUGGAGGGGCGUGGCCUCGGUCCUCAAACACCUGGUGAUGGGCGGCCUGCUGGUGGCGCUAGACUUCCUGGUGUUCUGGAUGCUGGACCAGGUGCACCACCAGGUGAAGGGGGACGUGGUGGCCCGAGCCCCCGUCACCGUGGCGGUGCAGGUGAACGGGUCGGGUUACGCCGCCGACAUCUUCCGGGACGUGGCGGCGUCCUUCAGCGUGCUGCAGCGGGGGAACGUCACGGCGCUCAGCAGGAGGUGCCUGGUGGAGCCGUCACGGCCCGACCACGCCGCCGGCUUCACCCUGGGGUUCCUGUUGGGUCUGGCUCUGCUCGUCUCUCUGACUGGAGGAUUCAUGCAGCGCUGCAGACGACUGAUCUGUGCUGCCUACCACCCAGAGAGAGAGAAGGAGAGGAUCCAGUUCCUUCGGCAGAAGAUCCUGGAUCAAAGGACAACAAUGGGGAGAGCCCUGAGGAGGUUACCUGGAGGGGCUCACCUGUCUCACCUGCUGGGGGGCCCCUCAGGCUGCUGUCUGUCCUGUGGAGGGGGCGUGGGCCCCUGUGAGGACGCGCAGUGUCCAGACCACGAGCAGCCGGACCCAGAGACCGAGACCUGUAGUUGCGGAGCAGGAAGUGACGUCAGCCUGGACUCUGACUCGGAGCUCAGUGAAGCAGACAUGACGUACCAGAACCGACCCGGGUCAGAGGACAGUGACUCCUCCUCUGGCUCCGCCUCCUCGCCUCUCGAAGCCGUCAUCAUACACAGACCAGACUCCCCAGGACCCGGUCCCCAGAUCCUGAUCCAGAACCGUCUGCUAGUUUGA